GGUAACGGGAAAGGAGUUGAAUAGAGGAGGUAGAGUAUGAGAGGAAGCGUCAGGCGAGACGACAGGAUGAUGUGGAGAAGUUGAGAGGGUAGAUUACAGUCUGGCGAGAGACACACAGACACAGACACAGACACAGAAGGAGCGAGUAAAGAAAUAGACAGCGUCAGUCUUAAACACAUCGUUAUAAAUUAAGAAGACAGACUGAGCAUGUCUUUGCCAAAGUCAGAAUCUGCAUUGAAAUGAGAGUUUACGAGAGCGGUCGCUAUUUGUGAGAGUGGAUGCACGUUAUGAGGUCUCUUAUACUCUUGCUUCCUGUCAUCACCUUGUUCUCUUUCUUCAGUCUGGCCUUCUGGUUAUUCAUCGCUAACAAUAAUGUAGCUCCUCGUCCUUCAUCGAAGCUUCCACAAAAACGCUCAGAUACUUCACAACCUUGCAAGGGAUGCAGAGACAGUGCUUUAAUUGAUAAAGCACCAGAGAAAUACUCUGGAUGGACAAAACAGGAGGCAAACUUUAAAAGUUUCAGCUCAUUACUAAACAGCAAGUGCCAUGCUGUAUCCAAAGCCGUGGUCACACAGAACAACACACCUGUGGGGUCAAGCGUUCUCUAUGAUGGUGAGAAGAGAAAGCCACUGCAGGUGACCCAAGCCCUGUUCAGCAUCUUGUCUAAGGAACAGCCCUUUGGAAAUGCAACAUGGGAGUCCUGUGCUGUGGUUGGGAAUGGAGGUAUUUUGGUCAAUAGCAGCUGUGGAGAGGACAUUAAUUCAGCCCAGUUUGUCAUCAGAUGUAACCUUCCGCCACUGGGGAACCAAUAUGAGCAAGAUGUGGGCAACAAAACAAACUUGGUGACUGCAAAUCCCAGCAUCCUUCAUGAAAAAUACAGUGGACUGAUGGAGCGCCGCCGGCCAUUUGUGGAAAACCUUCGUCCUUACGGACAAGCUUUAUUGCUGCUUCCUGCCUUCUCCUAUGGCCAAAACACGGCUGUAUCCCUGCGUGCCUUUUACACACUGGAGGACUUUGGCAGUGAUAGGCCGCUGCCUAUUUUCCUGAACCCGGAGUACUUGAGGAGACUGACGAAGUUCUGGCGUGAGCAAGGCCUUAAGUCAGUUCGUCUCAGCACAGGAAUCAUCAUGGCUAGUUUAGCACUAGAGAUUUGUGCUAACGUCCAUUUAUACGGCUUUUGGCCUUUCAACAAACAUCCACAUUACAAUCAAUCGAUCACCAACCAUUAUUACGAUAAUCGGGAGAGCAAGAAGAAUGUGCACUCCAUGCCGACUGAGUUUGAACAUUUACUGAAACUCCACAAGCAAGGUGUGGUUCGCAUACACCUGGGGGAGUGUCAGCCCACUCACAGCUAAAAUAUAAGCCGAGAAGCAACGAUGCCUUAAUGUACAUCAGAGUAUGUACACAAAAUACCUCUUCACUUGAGAAAGGACUACAAGAUUUAGAUGCAAACCUGCAAGGCUGAACUUUUUUGUUCGUUGCUGAGCGAAUUAAAGACUUACUGGACAUAUAAGUGUAUGUGUUAGUUCUGCCAGGAAGACUCUCAGAUGUAAGCUACAUGUGGGAAAUUUACAAAGAGGUGUCCAGGUCACAUUUAACCCCAAAAAUGAAAAUAAUUUUCUUUAUGCAAAAUUUAAAAUGUUAAGUCUAAUAUUAGGACUCAAAGGAAUAUUGCGGCUUCAAUACAAGUUAAGCUCAAUUGACAGCAUUUGUGGACUAAUAAUGAUUACAACAAAAAAUCAUUUUGACUCGUCCCUCGUUCUCUUUAAUAAAACCAAAAAUCGAGGUUACAGUGAGGUAACUAUGUGUGACAUAGUUUUCAGUACAAUAAUGCAGUCUUACGCUCAUUACUGUAACAUAUAUAUUUUUUAAUUAAUUUAAAAUUAUUUAUACAUCAUUGUAGCAUUUGUUAUACUGCCUGUAGUAACUAAAAAAAAAUACUGAUUUUAUUUAAAAACAUAUAAUUGCAAAACUGAUUAAAAUUGUUUAACCCUAAAUAGAUUGUUCAUUAAAAAUAAUGAGCUAAAUAAUGAGAUGAUUUUCUAAAAAUUGUCAAUGCAAAAAUUUAAAAAAAGGGUCCUAAUUGUGGACCACAUUUUCUUUAUCCAAAAUAUGUUUUAUUACCAUUUUUUUCUUUUGGUUUUGGGGUGAAAUGUGACCUGGACUUUCUUGAUGGGUUUUAUGAGAUGCACCGACCCAUAAGACAGGGCUUAUGAGUCUUUCUGGUAGAACCCGCCACCUUGAAGAGUGGCUGGAAAGAUACAGCUGUGAAUGUGAAUGAAUCUGUACUGCUGUGCAUGCACACGCUAAAAAAGCAGCUAUAAACAUGCACAACACAUUUAUCACGUGUUUUAUUAUUUUGAGAUAAUCUUGCACAUACACAAAUAGUUGCUGAAUACGAAUGUAAAGCCUCUGUGCUUUGAAGGAAUUUAAUUAAGAAAAUGACUCCCAGAACAACUUCCUCCAACGCACCCUGAACACUCCCAAAGCUGUCUCGCCUUAUUCAUGCUUACUAUUGAUGCUCUUUUGGGUCUUUCCUCUGUUUCACUCAUCACAAGUGCCGGUUUGUCCUCUGAAACAAUUAUCAGUGGAAAUUAAUUUAAUCUCAGGUGUGCUUUAGUAGCAGCACUGAAUUCUAAUUCUAGAGUCGAGCCAGGAGAUAUCAGGAAUGUCUGCAUGUUUGGAAACUUGACAUCACAGUCACAGUGGCUAUGUUCGGAAUGGAAUACUGACUUACUACUGUACUGAAUACACUGUAUGCUCCCUGUUAUUUUGUUUUUAAAUACUGUGUGAAACAGUAGGAAUAAUUCUGUACUAAUGUAAUGUAAAAAAACAUGAAAAUGUUGUCAUAUUUUGCAGUAUGUUUAAAUAAUAUGUCAAGAAAGUGAUGUUAAAAAUCGCAACAGAUAUUAUUUUCAGUUUAUACAUCAUUCUGAAAACAUAGAUGUAGUUGGCCAUCUGGGUAUUCCAUGCAUACAGAAAUAAUAAUAAGAGUAGUAUGCUAAUAUGCUAUUCCAAUCAUAGACAGUGUGUGGAGAAAUAUGAAUCAUUGGUGUGGGUUUGCUUUCUGGGGAGUGAGAAAACAGGUGUAAAUUGUGACAAACUCGAAUGUGCCAAUUUUGCAUGCCCCAUCUGAGCAUGAAAGGGCUCUAAUAUGAAUUGCUGUAAUGUAAAUAAAAAAAUCUGUUUUGAAUUAUUAAUUAAAAGUAUACA